AAAUAAAUAGUUGAGAGAGAGAGAGAGCUGAAAUCAAAACGUCUAAAUGUCCAAAAGCAGCAUUGUAUGGUAAAAAGCUGCUGAAACAUUCUGCUAAAUGUCUUUUUGGUAACAGUCAUAACUCAUGGGUAAUCCCUUGUGGGGUUUGAACCUGCAUUCUUUCGGUCCAGUUCCUUAACCACCUGGCUACAUUUAAUGACAAAUUUUCUGUUUUCCCUUUCUCAGGAUGAUUGUGGACUGAUUCCACGGAUCUGUAAGGGGCUGUUCCACCACAUCAAUGGAGUGUUACAUAAAGACGAAGCAUCAUUUCACAUGGAGGUCAGCUACUUUGAGCGGGUCCGAGACCUCCUUCCCAGCACAGAGACACGAGGCUGUGAGCUUAGAUUGAGGGAACAUCCUAAAGAUGGACCAUAUGUGGAGGCUCUCUGCAGACACAAUGUACAGAACUACUGUAUACUGAGGUUGGCCAGUUGAUGCAGGAGGGCAACAGAAGACGUGCCACUGCCAGCGCAGGCAUGAACAUGUCAGCAGCCAAUCCCACGCCAUUUUCACCAUUCGCUUCAUCAAGGUUACAGAUCCAUUUACCCUGCUGAAUGGCAUACGCCUCUCUGUUUGUGCAUUUGUGCAGAUAGCCGUUGCAGCUUGGAGUUAUCAUCACCCUGUUUGAUUAUACAAUGAGCUUUCUCCAUUUUCUGUUUAUGUUGGGGAUGUCUGGGUAAUGAUACACUGAAAUCAUUAGGAUUUUAUUAUGCAUAAGUUAUAUUGGAGUGACCUUUGAGUCUAGGUAGUGUGUCGAUGGAUAUAUGUUUAGAAUACUAGAUUACUUAUCGCACAGUAUGUACUAUAUAAAAAAAUAGUCUGCACUCAGCAGUAUAUAGUCAGUAAAAAAUUAAUCA